AUGCCUCCAAGAAAGAAGACCAGAAGCAACAACAUAACUUCCCAGGAUGGGCCAAGCCAUGCUGACUCAGAGUCAAGGCAACAUGCCUCUUCUAGAGAAGAAGAACGUGCAAGUGAGGGAACUUUUACCCUCACAGAUCUUGUUGCAGCCAUUCGUGCUAUGGGUGACACCCAGAGGGAGAUGGCAGAGAUGAUAAAAGAACUCAAAAAUUCGGCUCCAAAGCCAAGUGAAGUGAAUGAGAAGCACCCACAGGAGGAAUCUGCUGCCGGAAAGGAGUCUGAGAAGAAGGGACCAUCUUUUGUCACUCAGGAGGACGUUGUUGCCAUGCUGGAAAAGGAGCUGAGUCGAAGUCAGGAAGAUUGGAAGUAUCUUCCUCAGCCGCCGUAUCCAUCAAGCUUACUCCAGCAGCCAUAUCCUAAAGGCUAUGAAGCACCGACCUUUGUCCUCUUUGAUGGACGAAAGGGGAGCCCGAAGGAGCAUGUCAAUCGCUUCAUCGAUGCCUUGGGACCGUAUGCUGGUGAUCAUAAUCUUCGACUUAGAGAAUUUUCAAAGAGUCUCACCGAUCGUGCUUACACAUGGUAUACAACGUUGGCACCAGGCUCUAUUCAUUCCUGGGAAAGUCUGGCAAGCAGGUUCUGUAAGAAGUAUUUCCAGCAUGAAGAACGAGUCACCACCACUCAACUCAACAACACCCGCCAAAAGCAUGGUGAGGAUCCCGUGGACUUUGUACGCAGGUUCCGGGACCUGGCAUUGGAUUGCUAUGAUGAGAAGGACGAGGAGGCGCUUGUUGAAAUUUGCAUCAGCAAUAUCGUGGCAGAUUAUAGAGUGUAUUUGGAGAAUAUUGGCAUUAGUCAAUUUUCUCGGCUGCUGGAAGCUGUGAGGAAGACGAGCAUGUCCGUCAGGCCACCAGGACAAAGGACUUGGAGAAAUGAGAAGAAGGAAGCACACCAGACAUUAGCAAGAGAUGACAAGCCAUCCAAUGACUACAAUUCACGCAAACGCAAGGAUAGAGAGACGUAUCCACCACUACCAUGCAAAGAUGAAGAAUUUUAUGCUAUCCUUGACACAAUGAUUGCUGAUGGCGUAAUCAAACCUGUCAGACCCUACAAGGUUCCUACUCGAGAGGAAAAGAAUGAUCCUAGGUACUGCCGUUAUCAUCAAUUUGUGGGGCAUCCAACCACUGCCUGUCAGAGCCUGAGGAGGAUUUUACACGCCAAAAUACAUGAGGGAGUCCUUGAACUUCCCUCUAGGAAGCAAACCAUUGAUGAAGACCCCUUGCCAAAACGAAGGGGAAAGGAGGUAGCCGCUGUCAUUACAUGUUCUGAUGAUUUGCUUGAUGAUGAUGAAUUGUGCCACCCUUGGAGGAAUGACCCAAAGCCGCCGGAAGCCGUAUGGGAACCUUGCGGAAACAUGGAAAAGGCAUAUUGGUGUAAAUAUUCGAGGCCUUCAAGUUACAACACACCAUGGCCACUCGCUGAUGGAUGGGGUGACAACUCAGGCAGCGAAAUUUUUGUUUGGACAUGCCGGAAGAACACUACUCGGGGGCUUUAUCGGAACAGCGGGAAGCAGCUGCCGUGA